AUGGGCUGUCAAGAACGUAGAAGCAAGUCCAUAUUAGUAUUGGGCUUUCUCCGAGAAGAUAGAUCUGAUGCGGGGGCGAAGGGCUUUAGACCGAUCUUCCCUCGCGCCGAUCCCGGGAUCUAUAUUUGCUGUAGUAAAGAAACUUCAUCUAAGUCGAAAUAUGAAGAAAUAGAAUCUUACGCCAAAAACUCCCAUGUCUUGGAGAAAGAAGGGGGCAGUCUGGUGAAGUCUAGUUCGAUUGCUGGAAACAAGCUUCAAAAGUGCCAGGAAGUAGAGCGUCUCACGACUCUAUAUGCUGCUAGGCUCCUAGGAAUCGCCACUGGUCGAUCGGGAAAGCAAUUCCCAGUUGUCCCGCGAAGAACUUUCUUUGCCCGGUUGCUUGUGGCAAGGGCUCCCGGUCGGUGGUUGAGCGACUUGAAGCUUCUUGAGAAGGGGGCUCGCUGA